ACAUUACGAGUCGUACGGUGACUGCAGGCUGACGCCGUUUGUGCCUGUGGUGUGGAGGGGAACUUGACCGCGGCCCCGGGUGUGGCUUCUAAUGUGACAAAUCUCCGUCGCGUAGAAAGAAUGCAUGAUGUUGCGAAGACAGUAGGACAAAGAUUUCUCUGGAAAAAAAAUAUCAACAACCCUCCACUGUGAGCGUUCUUGCAGACUCUUUGAUUGAUCGCUUUUUGGAAUACUUUUUUUCCCCUUCUACGGAACUUCCGGAGCGUCUUUUCGUGAGUUUAUCAUGCGCUGAAGGACGUGUUGAAUUUGUUCAAACAAAACACAGUAGCCUGCCUUCCGGAAAACUGAAGUUUUUAGAGCUACUUUUUCCGAAAAUAAAAUAGACACUCAUGCUGCUUUUGUGACCGGGCAAGUCGCUCGAUUUGACGGCUGAAGGGGUUCGGUGAUCCGUCCCUCACCAAAAAGGGAAAUUUUUAUUUUGUCCUCCCAAAGAAAGGCUUCGCGCCUCGUAUUUUUCUCCCCAGGUGAUUUUUCCCACAAAAGCAGCAGUCCUGAAGCGAGCACUCGGAACCAUGGGCUGCACUGUGAGCCAGGAGGAUAAAGCCGCGGCCGAAAAGUCCAAAAUGAUCGACAAGAGCCUGCGAGAAGAUGGAGAGAAGGCGGCCAGAGAAGUGAAACUGCUGCUGCUGGGUGCUGGGGAGUCUGGAAAGAGCACCAUUGUGAAGCAGAUGAAGAUUAUCCACGAGGAUGGCUACUCAGAAGAGGAGUGUAAGCAGUAUAGAGCAGUUGUGUACAGCAACACCAUCCAGUCCAUCAUGGCCAUCAUCAAAGCCAUGUCCAACCUCAAGAUUGACUACGAGGAAGCUGGAAGGGCGGACGACGCCCGCCAACUGUUUGCCCUGUCUGCAGCCGCGGAGGAGCAAGGCAUCUUGCCGGACGACCUGUCAAACGUCAUCCAGCGACUUUGGGCCGACGGCGGAGUCCAGAGCUGCUUCACAAGAGCCCGAGAGUAUCAGCUCAAUGACUCUGCUUCCUACUAUUUGAACGAUUUGGAGAGGAUAGCCAAGCCUGAUUACAUCCCCACCCAGCAAGAUGUGCUGCGAACCCGAGUCAAGACCACAGGCAUUGUGGAAACACACUUCACCUUUAAAGACCUGCACUUCAAGAUGUUUGAUGUUGGAGGCCAGCGCUCAGAAAGGAAGAAAUGGAUCCACUGCUUCGAGGGCGUCACGGCCAUCAUCUUCUGUGUGGCCAUGAGCGCUUACGACCUGGUCCUGGCUGAAGAUGAAGAGAUGAACCGCAUGCACGAGAGCAUGAAGCUGUUUGAUUCCAUCUGCAACAACAAGUGGUUCACGGAGACCUCCAUCAUCCUCUUCCUCAACAAGAAGGACCUGUUUCAGGAGAAGAUCACCCAGAGCCCCCUGACCAUCUGCUUCCCCGAGUACACCGGCCCCAAUAAGUACGAGGAGGCGCAGACGUACAUCCAGACUAAAUUUGAGGACCUGAACAAGAAGAAGGACACCAAGGAGAUCUAUCCCCACUUUACGUGCGCCACCGACACCAAGAACGUGCAGUUUGUGUUCGACGCCGUCACUGACGUCAUCAUCAAGAACAACCUGAAGGACUGCGGCCUCUUCUGAGAGCAGAGGAGCUCUCGUAGAACUGAACGUGCAUCUUGAACGACUGCACUGGCCGGCCACCAUCUCGCUUUUCCUCCUGCAAGAGACUGCCAAGCCCAGCAGCCUUGCAGCGUGUCCACUCGAUGUUAACGCUCUUUGGGCUAUGACCAC